AUGCCGCCACCUCCAGAGGAGCUUGGGGCAGCAGCAGCUACCGAUCCUAAACCUCUAGCACAAGAACCUUCCGGCGCAGAGGAUAGACCUAUGCGAGAUGUCGUGCAGCUGUUGACUGGACUGAUGGAAGGACAGGCCCAAAGACGUGGCCCAAAUGAUGUUAAUAGACAAGACAGGUUGAGGGUCCGUGAUUUCCUAGCUUGUAACCCUCUAGAAUUUCAUGGAUCAAGAACUGCAGAGGAUCCACAGGAAUUCAUUCGACAAAUGCAGCGUACACUGCAGAUCAUUAGGGCUUCGGAGACUGAGUCGGUUGAAUUGGCCUCCUAUCGGCUACAUGAUGUAGCCUCUAACUGGAAUGAGUCUUGGGAUUUAUCAAGGGGUGAGGGUGCUCCUCCAACUGAAUGGGAUGAGUUUGUAGAAGCUUUUAUUAGCCACUUCCUGCCUCCAGAAAUGAGACGAUCCAGGGUGGAUAGAUUUUUGCAGUUGAAGCAGAACGCCAGGCAUGGAUGUUGCCCGGUACAAGCAUACUCCCAAGGGAUAGAAGAGCGACGUAGAAGGCGCCAGCCUGACAAAGGGUUCGACAGAAGUCAGCCUACGAGGGCUAGCUGUCAAGGCCAUAUUGCGAGGGAGUGUCCAUUUAAAAGUACUCCAGGUGGUAUGGCUCAGCCAACUGGGUCAGUUGCGGGUUCGUCUUUUUCUGUGGCUAUGCGCCGAUGGGGCAAGGAAUGCAGAUACCAGCAAGCCGCGGUAGAGGCCGUGGUGGAGCUUCCAGUUAUGGCGGUCCUUCUAAUUGGUGCCCAAUGCUUUUUGAAGAUAGACCUGCGGUCAGGCUAUCAUCAGGUGUGGGUAAGGGAGGCAGAUAUACCAAAGACCGCAUUCAGGACCCGCCGUCAAAGCCAUAUUAUAAGAAAGUGUCCAUUCGGGGGCGGUCCAGGAGGUGCAGUUCAGCCUACUGGGUCAGUUGCUGGUUCAUCUUCUUUGGUCGCUAUGCGCCCUAUAUGGUAG